CAUUAUCCGUUUAACCGUCCAUGGUUGCAACCGUAUGUCGAGGAGCCUGGAACUUUGGCAAGUUCAACCUACCGCUAUUUAUUAAUUUUCCUGAACAAAUGAAGACCUGUGUAGAGUAGGCGGCUGAACAUAUAUUCCGCUUAGAAUUGACAUUUGAUCCAAAACUUAACUUUUAUUAGGCGCAGCUACCUGCUAAGUUAGCUCUACGUAGCCGAAAAAGCUAACGUGACUAACGUUUGUUAACGUCCGCAAUAGAGGGGAGAGCAUUGUGACUUGGAGGAAGGAAGGAAACUUGAUAAGCAGGAUCACUGCGUACUGCUGCUUGUGCAAAGCUAGCACACUUUCAGACCCCCAGCUUCUUACUGUAUCGCGUUCAGAAAAGGUGAUCAAAUCUAAGUACACGGUGUGAUAUUUCACACCGCUUAGCUUAUUAGGUAUGCUGAUUUACAAACGUGUUAGCAACGCGUCGCUUGGCUAGUUUGCGGUUUCCUAGAGCUAGUCCGUUAGCAACAAACUUCUGAAAAAGUUGUUAACUCAGUUUGGCUUUUUGACUAUCAUAGGAAAUAUCAGAAAGAGUAUUUUUUUUUCAAUCGCGUCAGCACCAAGGGAACCUAAUAACAGGACUCAUGGCAUCGGAUGUGAAAGAAAGUGAAGCGGUGUUGAAGGGUGUAAGUGAUACAAGUUCGAACAAUAGCAACCAAGAUUGUGUCACACCCAGCAGGACUGAUGAGGAUUUGGGAAACAGACAGACAACUAGUCUCUCGUCUUCCGGAGUGUCGAGAAAGGAGGGUGGACAGGAUUUACAGGGUAGCCCGGCCUCAGCGUUGGAAAAUCGCGAAAAAUCUCGUCGAGAAAAUGUGACCAAAACAAGAAGGACAACGCCAGGAAAAGUGCAGAAACAGUCUGGAGGAGGAAGCUCUGCCCCGGAUAGCCUUCCCAAGGCGCAUUCACCGCCAGGAGCAUCAGGAAGCUUGGAGCGGCAAGAGUCAGUCGCCACUACAGAAGCUCGUUUGAGAAUGGAAGGAGUUGAGCUGAAGGAAGAGUGGCAAGAUGAAGACUUCCCACGGCCCCUCCCAGAGGAAGAGGAGCUUGAUGAGUUUUUUUCUGGAACCUCUGAAGACAGAGACCCUGGUUAUGGAGAGAACCAAAGCAAGACGGCCAAGAAAAAGCUCUCUGCUCCAGACAUGAGUUUGACUCUGGACCGCAGCGAAAGUUCUCUUCUCUCUGAUGAGUUGGAGGAAAUUACAGAUCUAGAUCUCGAUGACAUGGAGACGCCCUCAGACAACAGCAAUGAAUUUGAAUGGGAAGAUGAUCUUCCUAAGCCAAAAACCACAGAAAUACUACAGAAAACUGUCGAUUCGGUCCAGGAAUAUUCAGCCUCAGAGGAGCGUGAAGAAGGACGCCGAUGGAGGAUUUUCCGUAUUGGAGAUCAAGAUCACAGAGUGGACAUGAAAGCCAUAGAACCUUACAAGAAAGUCAUCAGCCACGGAGGUUAUUAUGGAGAUGGUUUGAAUGCCAUCAUUGUGUUUGCUGUUUGCUUCAUGCCUGAGAGCGGUCAACCAAACUACAGAUACAUCAUGGAUAAUUUAUUUAAGUAUGUCAUUGGCACACUGGAGCUGCUGGUUGCUGAGAAUUACAUGAUUGUGUAUUUGAAUGGAGCAACGUCUCGGAAAAAGAUGCCAGCUGUUAGCUGGCUCAGAAAGUGCUACCAGCAGAUCGAUCGCAGGUUACGUAAAAACCUAAAAUCGCUGAUAAUUGUCCACCCCUCUUGGUUCAUUCGUACCCUGCUGGCACUCACAAAACCCUUCAUAAGCUCCAAGUUUUCUCAGAAAGUCAAGUAUGUGUACAGCUUGAAAGACCUUGCUGAGCUUGUCCCUAUGGAGUACGUGGCUAUACCAGAAUGUAUCAAACAGUUUGACGCCGAAAAAAAUAGGAAAAGGAAUAAAAGAGUUGACCAGGAAAUAUCCGGGAAGGUGGAGAUGGCUGCUGCUGCUGUUCCUGAGUGACCACUUCACAGCGCCUCAUGAGGAGGAGUCUCAAUCUCUUAACUUCUGUCCUCAUGUUUAUGUUCUGCUCAGUUGCAGGAGAAUUUGUUUGCACCUAGAGUGCAUUUUUUAAUCUAUGCUGUUUGUUACAUUUUCAGACAUUUUGGUGUAUCUAUUUCUUGUUUAUCAAACAACCUAACCCUUAUAACUUUGCCCACAUUUGCUGUUUGAAAAAUUGUAUUUUGCUUUUAUUUAGUCCCCUAUGUGAAGCCAAGCCUGUCUUCGGUUUCUUAGUUAAAUCCUCACUAUUUAACACUUUGUUGCAAGUGGUUGCUGCAUGUUCUUCUUUGUUACAUUGAAAUAUAUAUUUAUAUACAAGGUGUUAGAGAUAAAUUUAAUAUAUUUUUAUGAACUGAUUUUUAAACUGAAAUUUAUAGGUGUCAAACUCACAGAGUGGCAUUUUAUGUAAAGUGUUGGCAGCACCUUUUCCACUGUUCAUUGCUGAUGUUCUGUUAAAAUUUCACCUGGGGAAAAUAAAGGUUGUUUUUUUUUUU